AUGACAGGGGCCGGUGGUGGAUACCAAGUUGGCUUCCAGUUGACGCCGCUGAGCGUCGAUGGCAGCCUGGAUGCUGCAGACUUCAAGGGCGGGCCGCACCCUGUUGAGAAAGAUCCAAUUUACAAGCUCUGCCUGGAUAAUCGUGAUUCCGGAAACAAGAUGGUUCAAGAGGGCAAGAUUGAGGAGGCCAUUGCCCGGUACUCUGAGUUAAUCAUGCAAUCGCGCGCCCUUGAAAGUGAACCUGAUGUCCAGUGGACGGACGAGGGGCGCGACUUGGUUCGACAUCUGCGGGCAGCUGCCUACUUGAAUCUUUCGUUGUGCUUCCUGAAAUCGAAGCAGUGGCAGCACGCCAUCAACACGGCCACACGUGCUCUCCAAGGGGACAAGGACCCGCCGGAGCCCAAAGAGAACGUUCUUCUUCCCGAGAAAAAGGCAAAGGCGCUUUACCGGCGUGCGGUGGCUCUGAGGGAUGGGUUCGACAAGCUCGAUGAGGCAGUGAAAGACUUGAAGAAGGCGUUGGAAUACGUGCCUGAAGACAAGAAUGUGCAGCUCGAGCUGCAGAGAACCAACCAGGCCCUAGCCAAGGAGAAGAAGAAAUCAGACAAAAAGCUGGCAGGCUUCCUGUCCUCCCAAUCUCAAGGCGGCAUUUUCUCGGAGGCCGAUCGCCAAAGGGACACCAAGGGACCUGAACUGCCCAGCGAGCCCGUGAAAGUAUCGGAUGGGCUCUGGGUUGUCCCAAAGGAGGAGAAGGAGGCCGAAGAGGGCGUCCAGGAAGCCAAGGAGGCUGGGAUCGAUCUGGACGAGCUCGGUCGUGAGAUCAACGAGCUCAGGGAGGACAAGCCUGAAGUCUUCAGCGAGCUCCGGGACAAAAUGAAGACCUUGAUCGAGGAGGAGGUGGUCAAGCAGGAGCAGACUUCUGGUUCAGCCGAAGCAGUGGUGACGCCUUUGCUGCUACUCCGAGAUGACAGAGCUUUGAGAUGGCGGCACUACACCAGCACGGUUCAGCUCUACUGGACCCUCGGAGAUGGCUGGGUCGGAGAAGGUUGGGAAGGUCUUCAGGACGCUGACUUCGAGGUGCGAGUCAGCGCCUCUGAGCUGGUGGUGCGAUGCUUGGCCGGACCGCGCAAGAGCGAAGUCCUGGGACCUUUGAGCGGGAGGCUGUUGAAUGAGGUGGAGCCAGGGAGGUGUUGGUUUGCUGUGGAGCGGGAUGUUCGGGACCCGCGGAGGCAGCGAAGGCAUUUGGUAAUUGAGCUCGCCAAGAAAAGCCCUGGCAGACCUUGGACAGAGAGGCAGAUCUUCAAAGAUCGCUCUGAGAUGUUCAACCGCAGGUCCUUUGCUUGGACACCGCAGCAGAAAGAGCAGGAAAGCGAGAGCUCCUGGACAACGCUGAAGCCCGGGAGAAGACCCGAUGUACAGGACCCGUUUGUUACUUCGAGAAGUUGGCUAUGCCACGAACUACAGCAGGGCCAAAGCGCUCAACAUCUGUAUUUCCGUAUCAUCCUCGACCAGAAAAAACUGGACGAAGCUUUGGAGAAAGUUCCUUACUUUAGGCUUUUUGGAGUUGACGUGUCGGAGCGCUUCUUCAAGCUGUUUAUUCGCGGGGAUGAGUCAAGCCCCAUUAUGCUGGGAGAGCUUGGAGGAGCUGUAGUUCCUGAUGAGACGGAAGUGGAGCUGACAACCGUUACCCGAGAGGUAUCUGGGCACCGAAUCCGUGGUACAAUGGAAACCCUGCCCUGCUUGGAUGUAACUCUGAGAAAAGAUCCAGAGUCCCACGGAGAGUGGGAGGCUUUCAUCCAUUCCGACGAGCAGGUCUUGAACAAGCCACAGGGCACCCUGGAGGAAUUUGAGGUCCGCCAGCGCAGGAGAGACCCCUCUCCAGACCGGUCAGAUUGGACGCCUGACGACUUUGCCGACGAGCAGAAGGACAAGGCCGAUGCUGCUUUCAAGGAGGGCAUCUUUCGUGAUGCCAUCGUCUACUACACCAGAGCGCUGCGACACACACCCCGGAACGAGAGGUUGCUGUCAAAUCGCAGUGCUGCAUACUGCAAGAUCUCGAAGUACCAGCUUGCUCUGGAUGAUGUAAACCUUGCGAUGGAGAUUGAGCCUUCCUGGCCUAAGCUGCACUAUCGGCGGGGCCAGGCGCUGCGUGGCCUUCGACGAUGGGACGAGGCAGUGGCAGCCUUCGAGGAAGGACGAGACCUGGACCCUCAGAACCCUGACUGGGAUAAAGAGGUGAACCGAACGAGAGCCGCCAAAGAGCUGAAAGAAACCUCCUCAUUGCAAAAGGCCAAAAACUGA